UGCUUUGCCACCCCUAUAUAAAUAGAUUAAGCAUGCACCUCGUCAUUUCAUUGUCAAGCAAAUCUAGCUUCUUAGCUGUACUCUUAUCUUCUAAUCUCAACAUUAGUAAGCUUAAGCUAGCUAAUUGUACGUACUUGGGAAUUGAAGCAUGGCUAUUUUCUCGGGUGAUCAUUGGACUCUUGCGUUUGGCAUAUGUGGAAAUAUCAUAUCCUUCUUCGUAUUUCUUGCUCCAAUGCCUACCUUUUAUCAAAUAUACAAAAAGAAAUCUACAGUGGGAUUUCAAUCAAUACCAUAUGUGGUUGCUCUCUUCAGUGCUAUGCUUUGGAUUUACUAUGCUUUUCUCAAAACCAACACGACUCUUCUCAUUACGAUCAACUCCUUUGGCUGCUUCAUCGAAACCCUCUACGUUGCCUUCUUUCUCUUCUACUCUUCAAAAAAAUCCAGGAUACAGACGAUGAAGUUGCUAAUGUUGUCGGUGGUUGGCGGAUUUGGUGCCAUAGUUCUUGUCACGCAGUUUGCUUUCAAAGGUGCAAUUCGUGCACAAGUGGUGGGGUGGAUUUGCCUUGUCUUCUCUCUCUGUGUCUUUGUCGCUCCCUUAUGCAUUCUCACGCAUGUUGUCCGUACGAAGAGCGUGGAGCAUAUGCCAUUUCUGCUAUCCGUUUUCCUCACAAUGAGUGCUGUUGCCUGGUUCUUCUAUGGUCUACUGCUAAAAGACUUCAAUAUUGCAAUACCGAACGUAUUGGGAUUCAUUUUUGGGAUUCUUCAAAUAGUGUUGUACGCCAUGUAUAAGAACAGCGCCGCCAAGAAGCCAACGAUCAUUGCAGAUCAGAAAGUCCCUGAGUUCUUAGUGCAAAACCCAUCACUAACAGUUCCAGAAGAAGAAAAUUACUGCACUAAUAAUGACAAAUUAACACAGCAGCAGCAGCUUGCUGAGCUGAAGGAGGAACAAAUGGUGAUAGACAUUGUUAAGCUGGGCUCCUUGGUUUGUUCCGACAGUAAAAUCACCACAAAUAAUGCGACUGCCGCGGCAGCUACUCCUUCCGCCCCGCCGCCUGUGGAGGUGAGGCGGGGGCGGCUGUUAUGAAAAAGAUGGCAAAUACCGCCACUACUCCGCCGCCUCUGGUUACGCCGUGCUGCUGAAUGGAGUUUAAUUUAAAUCGUUAUUAUAUUUUGAUGUGCCGAUCUAUAUAUUCUUAUAUAUGUUUCUCUGUAUGUAUCAAGUAUAUCUCCUCGAUCUUAAAUUCUUAAUAUAAUCAUAUCCUGAAGCUAAGCCACACUGUAUGUAUAAUGUAUGUACUCAUCGAUCAAAUAUAAUGUUGCUUUGAUUUAAUGAUGUCAAUUAAAUAUCCUGCUAUAUAAAGCCUAUGACGAGGGAUAUUCGUACCAUUUGUGAUUUUGUGCAACAAAAAAUUAAACCCAACUUUUUUUUGAUAAGGGCCUCAUUAGUCAUUAGAAUGAGUUAGUUAUAACGUUGGACUUAGGGGCGAAUCCAAGA